AUGCCUGUUGCCAGUAGCAGGCCUUUAAAGUCAGGCGGGUACGGGCUAUUCCACAUACUGAUUUCGGCUCAAGCACCAAUUGUGGAACACAGUUUUUAUAGCCUCCAAAAAUUCAGAAAUCGCACGGGUAAUUUUGUGGAGGCCUAUGAAUCAGAGGUGGAGAAUGCUAAUAAAACAUCGAAGUGGAGCUGGGAUAACAAGAAAGCAUUUGAAUGUCAUCAUGA